AUGGCCUGCGGCUCGAAAACCAGCUGCGAGGGCUGCUCAUGUAGUGCUCCGCAGCAACCCAUCAACAUCGAGGAUUGCCAGGAAGAGCUGUUGGCUCUACGAAAACGCGCCCAGCAGCUGGAGUCCACUCUCGCAGAUCUAAAGAUAAAUGGAGCAUCAUCGUCAGCAUCCUCGCGAGAACGUCCAGUUCAACUGCGUUCCCGCAAGUGGUUCGGCUCUGACGUCAAUCCAGCCAUGGAGUCGAUCUAUGUUGAGCGAUACUUGAAUUACGGCCUGACUAGGGAAGAGCUGGCCUCGGGAAAGCCCAUCAUUGGAAUCGCCCAGUCCGGGUCCGAUUUGGUUCCCUGUAAUCGAUAUCACCUUGAGUUGUCUAAGCGUAUCCGUGAAGGCAUUCGCACUGCCGGGGGUAUCGCAUUCGAGUUCCCUAUACAUCCCAUUCAGGAGACUGCUCGAAGACCAACAGCUUGUCUGGACAGAAACCUUGCCUAUCUUGGUCUCGUGGAAAUUCUAUACGGAUAUCCACUGGACGGCGUGGUUCUACUCACAGGCUGUGAUAAGACAACGCCCGCUUGCUUAAUGGCCGCGGCUACUAUGAAUAUUCCCGCCUUGUGUCUCAAUGUUGGACCAAUGCUCAAUGGCUAUAUCAAAGGAGACUUGUCAGGUUCGGGAAUGGUGAUUUGGAAAGGCCGAGAAUUAUUAUCCGCCGGGGAGAUCAACCGUGAUGAGUUCAUCGAAUAUGUCGCGACUGGGACACCAUCCGCUGGUCAUUGUAAUACGAUGGGAACGGCGUCUACUAUGAAUGCGAUGGCAGAAGCAUUAGGAAUGGCCCUGCCCAAUUCCGCGGCUAUUCCAGCACCAUACCGAGAACGAGCACAAUACGCGUAUGAGACUGGUAAGCAGAUUGUGGAAAUGGUUUUGAAAGACAGAAAGCCAAGCGAUAUUAUGACUCGCGAAGCUUUCGAGAAUGCAAUUGUCGUCAACACAGCCAUUGGAGGGAGCACAAACGCUCCCAUCCACGUGACGGCUAUUGCUAAGCAUAUGGGAAUUAACCUGACAAUGGAAGACUGGGAUCAGGUCGGAUUCGAAGUUCCACUACUACUAAACAUGCAGCCUGCAGGUGAAUACCUGGGAGAAGACUACUUCCGUGCGGGUGGCCUCCCAGCUAUUAUGGCCGAGUUGCUGGAUGCUGGGAAGCUUCAUGCGGAUGUUCUCACAUGCAAUGGACGGACUGUUGCAGAUAACGUUCGUGGCAAGCAUUCGUGGGAUCGUCGAGUCAUCAAGGAAUAUAAAAACCCAAUCUUAGACAAUGCCGGCUUCCGCCAUCUCCGUGGUAGCUUGUUCGAUUCAGCAAUUAUGAAAACCUCGGUCAUUUCCAAGGAGUUCCGAGAGAAGUUCCUUGAGAACCCAGAUGACCCUGAAGCCUUUGAAGGCGCAGUUGUUGUCUUCGAUGGGCCAGAAGACUAUCAUCAGCGGAUCGAAGAUGAAUCAACACCUGUCGACGAAAAGACACUUCUCAUCAUCCGUGGUGCCGGCCCCCUUGGAUACCCAGGUGCAGCGGAGGUAGUAAACAUGCACCCACCUGGUCGACUUUUGAAAAAGGGCAUUCAUUCACUCCCUUGUAUUGGCGAUGGAAGACAAUCGGGAACUUCAGGCUCGCCCUCCAUUCUAAAUGCUAGUCCCGAAGCAGCUGCCGGAGGUAAUCUCGGUCUUCUUAAGACCGGUGACCGGCUUAGAGUCGAUCUUAGGAAACGGCGAGUUGACAUUUUGAUCUCGGAUGACGAAUUCAAGAGUAGACGGGAGAAGCUAGAGGCCCAAGGUGGAUACCAUGGCCCGGAGAGUCACACCCCAUGGCAAGAGAUCUUCAGAAAGGAAACUGAUCAGCUCAGCGAAGGAAUGGUGCUACGAGAGGCCUUGAAGUAUCAACGUAUCGCACAGAAAUGGGAAGAGCCGAGGCAUAACCACUGA